AUGUUGGCGUACCAGCGAUCACUCGUUACCGUACAGAACAUACGAACACAACUGGAGAGUAUUGUGACGAAGCAAGGCUUCCCAUGUGUGAGUAAACGGGCGUCUCGAGCGAUUGCAGAUAGAGUACUCGACAUUGACACGUGUCAAAGUGUCAGGCGUGCUUUCUCCGCCGGACUCUUUGGGUGUGCAGCCAGGCGGGUGGUGGGACAAACAUCGUUUGUUACAAAGCAGGUACACUAUUUGAUUGUAGGUAUGAGAGGCCAUGGGAGUGUUGUACACCUACACCCAGGCUCAGUACUGCAUGGCCAAGAGAGCCGGCUGGACUGGGUUGUGUAUGGCUAUAUACAGACCACUUCUAGGGUGGAUGUGCAUAGGCUCGACAACUGCGGGCGACUCAGCGAACUAAAGACACCGCAAGACACCAACUCAAAGGAACACAAUGCCACUGUCGUCGACGGUAUGAAAUGAUCAUAUGUUGUUGU